UCAAGCCCGUCACCACAACGAAGUGGGUUGCCUCUUGCCAAUGGCGCGACUAUUGCAGGUGUUCCUGGCGGCACUGCUGGCGCCAACUGCAGCCUUGGUAGCAGAGAGUCGUGGCGAACCUGAAACGGGAACAAAGGUGAGUUCCAACAAGAUCACACCCUUUGGCCGGGAGAACACAGCUGGGGAGCUUCAAGAUAGAGCAUCCAAAUCUCAGGACACGCUAGUGGACGCCGUUGAGAACGCAGAGGUGGCCGAAAUCAAGCGCGCAGUCUUUCGGGCGCUCACCCGGCUCCGGGCCGCCACCAUUAAGGAAUUUGACACCAUUGCGCGUCUGGAGACGCAAUCGAUCGAUGCAUACAACGAUGCUCAUCACUACCGUCACGAGAAUCCCCUGGCGCAUUUGCACGAGGAUGAGGCUCCAGUGCAGACAGACAAACUCACGUCUUUCCACUGAGCUGAAUCUCAUGGUCCUCUGUGAAAGCAGUAGUCCCUCCCAAGAUGGGAGCGUAGGAUCCCGCCCGACGGACGUGCAAAAUGAGA